GGAGGAAAAAGGAGGAGGGAGAAGCUCCAUUACCAACACACGCUCACACACACCGGUUACAUUUCACCGUGGAAACGCUGCAGGAGCGCCGGGAAAGUCUUCUCCACGGAGUGCACGCGUGUGUGUGUGUGUGUGAGUGUGAAUGUGUGUUUUGGUUUUAACAUCACCUUUCUUUUGCCUUUCGUUCCAAUUAGAAGGACCGUGGAUGCGCACAUCCGCACACUUUUUUGACUUCUCCACCAGGAUCCAUAAAGGGACUAUCACAUGUCCUUUUUUUUCACCACCCCCCGCCCCCCCACCACCACCAUUUAUGCGUGGAUAAAUCAUCCUUGAGAGAAACGUGGUGAUUUGCGGACCUUGGUGUGCUUUUGUGUUUUGUUUCCCCUGUGCAGGGGGUCAGCAACUUGUCUCUUUCCCACCGGGAGUUCCUAUACCCUUUUUUUUGGUAGCACUUUUUUUUUUUUUCUUAGGAGGUGGGAACAGGAUUGUGGGUGCGAAAAGAGGCGAGACGACAUGCCUCAGUUGUCAGGCGGCGGGGACCCGGAGCUGUGCGCCACGGACGAAAUGAUCCCGUUCAAGGACGAGGGGGAGCCUCACAAGGAGCAGAUCUUCGCCGAGCUCAGCCACUCGGAGGAGGAGGGAGACCUGGCCGACAUCAAGUCCUCGCUGGUCAACGAGUCCGAGGGAAGCCCCAACAGUAACAGCCACGAUGCGGCAAGACAGUCCCAAGACUCAUAUCACGAAAAGCACAGAGAACAUCCCGACGAUGUGAAACAUCAGGACCUGUACGGCAAAGGCCACGCAUACCCAAGCUACCCCAGCUACAUCAUGAUGGGCAACAUGAAUGACUCCUACAUGACCAAUGGCUCCCUCUCGCCUCCCAUGCCCAGAACGUCCAACAGAGUUCCCGUGGUGCAGCCGUCCCAUGCCGUCCACCCGCUCACCCCGCUGAUCACGUACAGCGACGAGCACUUCGCCCCAGGUUCCCAUUCCGGUCAUCACCCUCAGGACACCAAACCACAAGGAAUGUCCAGGCAUCAUGCGGGACCAGAAAUCGCCAACUUCUACUCGCUGUCUCCCGGAGGAGUGGGACAGCUCACGCCGCCGCUGGGAUGGUUCUCACACCACAUGGUCCCGGGACCGCCGGGCCCUCACGCCACAGGGAUCCCCCACCCGGCCAUCGUCAACCCCCAGGUCAAACACGAGCCCCUGCACGAAACCGACAUCAUGCACAUGAAGCCGCAACACGAGCAGCGAAAGGAGCAGGAGCCCAAAAGACCGCACAUCAAGAAGCCGCUCAACGCCUUCAUGCUCUACAUGAAAGAGAUGCGCGCCAACGUGGUGGCCGAGUGCACGCUGAAGGAGAGCGCCGCCAUCAAUCAGAUCCUGGGACGGCGGUGGCAUGCGUUAUCUCGGGAAGAGCAGGCUAAGUAUUACGAGUUAGCCCGCAAGGAACGGCAGCUCCACAUGCAGCUCUACCCAGGCUGGUCUGCCCGAGACAACUAUGGGAAGAAGAAGAAGCGGAAGCGGGAGAAGAUCCAGGAAUCGGCUGCGGGUACGGGCCAGAGAAUGAAAACGGCGUACAUCUGAGAAAAUGGAGGAAAACGGAACAACUUCUCCACAUGCAAAGCGAAGGCAGCCGCUGCGGGGCCUCUGCUUGAGAUGGAGGCCUGCUAAGAUUCCAUGAAGACCCUCAGAGGACCAACCCCCCCACCCCACCUCCGAAACUACCCCAACACUUAUCACCUCACACCCCUUAAAAGUUACACGUCACACUCUCCCUGUUGGAAAGACACUGAACUGAACACGACAAUCACCGUCACUCACGUUUGUUCACUCAAAGUGUGCGCGUGUCACUCCCUGUACACACACAAAUCGCGCACCAAUAAUCAACACACACCACCUGCACACUCCAACUAAGUUAUAUUUAAGUUAUUUGUUCGCUCUUUUGUCAAAUUCAGGAGUGAGAAACUGAACAGGCCGCGAGAAAUUAACUAAAAGCUUCCAAAAUCGGUGAGCACAAAUUUUGAUACGACACAAUCAUAAAUAUGUGGACUAUAUUUUUUCAGAAAUGUAGUUAAAGGCCCAUGGGGCGUUCCCCCCAGUUGGCCCGGGUCAACAUUUUCACUGGAUUCCAGCGACCAUUUCGGGGUACCUGCCCUCCCCCCCCCAACCAAACGGACCAAUCGCCUCUUGUAGAUUGCACUAAGGAACAUGGAGGGAUUUCUUCUCAUCUCCACACAUUUUUUACUAUUUUUGAAUAUGUUGGACCAGCGACUUGGCCAAAAGGAUCAACCUUUUAUUCCAUUUACUUUUUUUUUUAAAUCAUCUUGAGCCCUUGUUUUAUCAUGGUGUACAUUUCUUAUAUAUGAACAUAAGCUUUGAAAGCCAUUCUUUCCCCUUUUCUUUUUUGAAAUCUUGUAAACUAAUGCUGUGAGUGGGUGAAUGUGUGUGUGUGUACUUUUCCCCCCAGUUCAUUUUCCUUAGACUUUUAUUUUUUUCAGGCAACAUGCGAGAGUGAGGCCUAUAUUUUGUGGAUGGACAUGCAGACAAAUGAAGCAGAUAUUAUAUUUACCCCAGCACUUGACAGUCUCUUUUAUUGCAAUGGACCUUUUUUCCCUUCCCUCUUGGUAGCAAAAUGGUGAGCUCUUUGUUUUGUUCUGUUAUCCCCCCCCCCCCCCCCGGCCCCUCCCACGCAAGCAUCUCUGUAAUAUUUUCUCUAUUUUACUAUUGCUCCACGAUGAUGAUGAUUUUGAUGAUGAUGCCAAUCCCGUGUUAUACGAUGUGGGGUCGCUGUCAUCUUGGAGGAACAUUUUUGCUUCCCAAGUGAUCGUCUUUGAAAUGUUUCCACGUUUUUGUUGUUUUUUAUGAAAAAUCAAUAAAAAGGCACAAUUUGCUUAUUUGA